AUAAAAACAAAAACAACAAAUUAACAAAAACAAAUAUAAGGGGUGUCUUUUACAUGAAAAUACUGAAAAUUGAUUCAAUGGUAUAAUAAACUUUAUAAUCAUUGGAUAUUCAUCUAUGAGCGAAUAAUGGCAUUUUUGGAGUGGAGAAAAUUUCAUUUCUUUGAUCUCAAAAAAGAUGUGGAUGAAGGAAAAAUUGGCGAGUUAUUUAAGGAAAGCAAGGUAACAACUACUUCAAGUGGUAAUAAUCAUCUGGUAUUGAGUGACUCUCUAGGUCAAAUUUACUUGAUAUCCCGAUCUUGGUAUGUCACAAGUUUCAGAGCAUAUGAAAUAAGAGUUGAUCUGACGCAUCAAUUGAAGAAUUCUCCAUUGUUGGUUACCAUUGGGCAAGACGAACUUGGCACCAAUCCCCUGAUAAAAGUUUGGGAUACAAGUAGAUUGGAUAAAAAUGGCAGUCCCUAUUGUCACCGAAUUACUAGGGCAAUGCCUGCCAACAAACCAGUACUGACCAGUGCAUUAUGUGUCCAUGAGGAUUUGCAACUGAUGGCAGUGGGAUUUGUUGAUGGAUCACUUAUUCUUUAUAGGGGCGACAUUACCAGGGAUAGACGUUCAAAGCAGAAGCCCCUGAGGCCAGCCAGCUCUGCUAUAACUGGUCUAGCCUUCAAAUCUACUGCUGCUAACGUUCUAUUGUUUGUUGCAACUGAAUCUUCAGUGGUUGUUUACAAUAUUACCCAGAAAGAUAAAGAGCAAAAAUAUCAUUUAGAUAAUAUAGGGUGCGAGAAAAAAUGCAGUGUGCUUGCAGAGUCAAUGCAAGAAUGCCACUUUAUGAUAGGGACAAAAGACGCAAUUUACUGUUACACAUCUGACGGAAGAGGUCCCUGCUAUGCAGUAGAAGGAGAGAAAGUAAUGCUGGAGUGGUUCCGAACUUACCUCAUUAUCAUUUCUAAGGCUACAAGGUCUGCAGCAUUAACUACGAUGUCAAAUGAAAUUCCGAGCAAUACUUCUGAGGGCAAUUUGAUAACUGUUCUCGACAUCCACAACAAGUUUAUAGUUUUUUCGGCUACCAUGGCGAAAAUCAAAGCAGUAUUGAGCGAGUGGGGGACUUUUUAUAUCCUUGAUGAAGAUAAUAAAUUAUACCACUUGGACGAGAAAGAUUUGCAGUCGAAGUUGUCUCUGCUGUUCAAAAAGAACUUGUAUGACGUAGCAAUACGCAUCGCAAAGUCGCAGCAAUAUGACUCGGAGGGGUUGGUGAAUAUUUUCAGCCAGUAUGGAGAUCAUUUGUGUGAUAAGGGGGAUUUCAGAGGUGCUAUUGAGCAGUAUGUAAAAACAAUUGGUAAACUUGAACCGAGUUACGUGAUUCGCAAAUUUCUCGAUUCACAACAUUUGGAAAAACUCACUUUGUAUCUGCAAGCUUUGCACAAGCAGGGUCAUGCUACAGAAGACCAUACCACCCUUCUCCUGAAUUGUUACACUAAACUGAAUCAUUCGGUUGGACAAUCUGAUAGUUUGAAGGAGUUUAUCAUGUCGAAAGAUGGGGAUUUCAGUUAUGAUGUUGAUAUUGCUAUUCAAGUAUGUAGGCAAGGAAGCCCAGCUGAAGCAUUGAUGCUCGCUAAAAAACACGAGAAGCAUGACUGGUACAUCAAACUCCAAAUUGAAGAUCAUCAAAAGUACUCUGAAGUCCUUGACUAUAUUUCUAAUUUGAAGUUCGCAGAAGCCGAACACUACAUGAAAAAAUAUGGAACCAUUCUUGUCAAACAAGUACCCCACGAGAGUACCCAACUUUUGAAAAGAUUAUGCACAAAUUAUAAACCCAACAGCUUGUCUACGCUCUCUAGUGAUAUGAUUUCUUCAAAUUAUGAGAUAACUUUAAGGGCCGAUCCGGAAGAUUAUAUUCACUUGUUUCUGAAUAAUUCCGAAAGACUUGUAGAGUUUCUGGAAUAUCUGAUCAGUGAAGGAUGUAGUUUGAGUACACCGGUAUAUAAUACGCUUUUGGAGCAUUAUUUACUUGUUUGGUCAAGUUCAGAAAAUGUUUCAGAUAGAAAUAAGUUGGCCCAGAAAAUAUUGAAACUUUUGCAGAAUCCCGAUGUGGAUUACGAUAAGUCGCAGGCUCUUGUUGUAUGCCACAUGCAUUCAUUCAGAGAAGGUAUUUUGUAUUUAUAUGAAGAACAGAAGCUGUAUCAACAAAUUUUAAGAUAUCACAUUUCAAAUAAUGACCCUAACUCGGUGUUAGCUUGCUGUAGAAGGUUUGGCCAUCAGGAACCAACCUUGUGGGUACAAGCUCUUUGGUUUUGUGUUAGAGAUACCAAAAUUCCUUCCAUGGAUUUAUUGAAUGAGAUACUAACUGUGAUAGCGAAAGAGAAGUUGUUUUCGACUGAAUUGGUAAUAGACGCAAUCGGUACAGGACAUGCGGAAGUUACAUUAGGACACAUUCGUUCAUAUAUCACAAACGAACUUCAGCAAGAGCAGAAGAAAACUAAGGAAAUCGCAGAAUUGACUUCUAACUAUAGAAAAGAUACUGAAAAACUCAAGCAACAUCUAGAGAAGCUCAAAAGUGGCGUGAUUGAGAUUAGAGGAUCACGAUGUGCAGCAUGUCAUCACACCCUAGAACUGCCAAAGAUUCACUUUCUCUGCGAACACAGCUUCCAUCAACAUUGUUUCCAGAGCUUUUCGGAUGAUGAGAAGGAAUGUCCGACGUGCCAGCCAGAAAAUAAAAAUCUAGUAGAACUUCUCAGAGCUAGAGAGUACAAUAAAGACCUACAUGAAACAUUCCAUUCGCAACUUGAGAAAGCUCAUGACGGAUUUUCAGUGGCAGCAGAGUAUUUUGGCAGAGGAGUUUUCAAUAAAUACAAGGUCAUUACCGACGAGUCUAUACAAAAGAGUUUGGAUAUACCAGAAUCAAUCAAAAACAAACAAAAUCCAAAAAAAUCUGAAACGGUAUCUUACGGGGCUGGGGCUGAAGCUAGACUGAGACAAACUGAAAUAAAGUCAAAACCCAGUGCAAUGCCGAUAUCAGAGGGACGUAUGAGAAUCCAGGAACACAAGUACAGUUCUUCCUUAGAAGCCAAUUUGUCUCGAUACACAACGAGGGGUUCAGAAAAUAAAAAAGUGGAUCACAUGACACCAAAGAAUCCCUUCGAUGAAGCGUAUGAGAAAUCAACGAAUCCUUUUGAAGAUGACGAUUCUGAUGAUAAUAAUCCCUUCAAAGAAGAUUUUAAUUGUGAUAAAAAUUUUAAUCCCUUCUCAUAGUUGGCCUAUUGUUUUUAAAUAAUUUGAAGUGAGUUAUUGGAAUAAUAAUAUAUUCAUUGAAACUUU